CCAAAAGAAAAACCUAAAAAUCAAAAUCAAUAAAAAUCUCAAAAUCCAAAACCAAAUUUUUCGUUUUCUUGUUGUUCCUGGUUUUAAUCGGUCUUUCAAACUUUUCUUUAGGAGUUUCUCACACAUGGCUUCAAUACCUCUUGUUCUGGGUCUUGAAUCUGAGGAGAUAUCGGAGGAGCAGAAGUCCUUCGCGGUGGCUGGGCGGAUCGUUGCAUUCAAUCCAAUACAUCGCAACAAUGUGUAUGGGGUGUUAGCUAAGGCAUGGGCUAACCGUCAUGAUUUUCAGGUAAAUGAAAUUGAGGAAAUUUUGUAUACUGUCUCUUUUAUGAAUGAAUAUGAUCUUAGCUAUGUGCUGGAUAAUGCUCCCUGGGCUAUUGGGGGUUUUCUUUUCAACCUAAGAUGAUGGGAGGUAGGCACUUUAUUGUCGGAUCUGGAUUUCUCCCUUGCUCCUUUUUGGGUUCAGGCUCAUAAUCUGAAUAUAGACCAGUUAACAUACGGUAAUGCUCAGUUUAUUGGUAAAAAUAUUGGUAUCCUGAUUAAAACCAAAAACCCUAGAAUCAACAAUGUUCUGCGGAGAGGUUUUUUACGUUGUAGGGUUUUGGUUGAUGUCACUAAACCUUUAAUGGACGGUUUUUGGUCCCAAUCGAUUUCUAAGAGCUCUAGGUGGAUUUCGCUAAAAUAUGAAAGACUCUGAUUUUUGUUAUAACCACGGAAGGUUGGGGCAUGGUGAACUGAUCUGUGGGGAGGAAAAGGUCAUGUCAGUUCUUGAUCCUAGUAAAGGCAUGUAUGGGCACUGGCUGAGAGCUGAGCAGGUCAGAGAUGAGUGUAAGAGUGCUGGAAUUAUCCAUACCACUUUUAAGUGCAAAGAUAAGAAGCUGUGCCUGACCUAUUCCCCUACUAGGGUACUGAGCAACAAAGGUAAGGGUGCACUAGGGGACUGUGAGGGGUCUGCUAUCCCAAAGUAAGUGAUUCUAUGACUCACCAAGCUCCUAGCUGCAGUCCUAGUCCUGCUAUGAAGGAACCAAAGCAUAAACUAGUUUUCAAAACCCUUCUCCUUUGAAAGUGAGCAAUUCUGAGGUAAGCAGUCUCAGCCUUUCAAAAACAGCCCUGACAUUUAGUGAAACUACUGCUUGUUCUUCUGGCGAUAAGCUUGAGAUUAUUCCUGUUACAGUCUUCAGUGAAGAGGGCAAGGAUCAAGGGGCUGAUAGGGGACAGGGACUGACAAGUAAUGUGCAGGCCAUUAUCCCUGUUACUACUUGUAUUAUGAAAGCAAAUGAAUCAGUGUUGCUUAC